CUUGUACACCAGAGCUGUCGAUACCGGGGAAAUGGAGGAUGAAGGGUCGAGCACCAGCUCCUCCUCCACAGCCUGCACCACGCAGGUCACUGAAUGCAGCUCAAAAUCUUCAGGUUGAGCCAGGCCCACAAAGCCCCGGAGACAUGAAAGAAAACCUGUUGCCUAGGACAGUAGAUAUAUUGGUUGUCUUGUCAAAUGGAACAGUAAAAAAGGCUGAAGUGAGUGGAAGCAAGGCAGUGAUGGAUUUACUGAUUGAUUUGUGCAGCCAAUAUCAUUUGAAUCCAGCGCAUCAUAUACUCGAACUGCAAGCCAGAGAGACACAUAAACAACUGGGCUUCAAGCCAAAUACUCCCAUAGGAGUGUUGGAUGUGGAAAAGGUUUUCAUAAAGCAGAAAGUUGUUGAGGAGAAGCCAAGAAGACCCCCACCUGUAGUCCCUGAAAAAACUGUAAGGCUGGUGGUGAAUUUCCUGAGGACGCAAAAGGCUGUGGUGCGUGUCAGUCCGUUUGUGCCUUUGAAGGAUCUGGUACCAGUCAUAUGUGAAAAGUGUGAAUUUGAUUCGGACUAUCUUAUGGUCCUGAGAGAUAGCGUCAAAAGGGAAAAACUGGAUCUUCUAAAAUCAUUGAAUGAUUUAGGAAUUAGGGAAUUAUACGCACUGGAUACCAGCAGAGUUCUUCAGUCUCAAUCUCACUCUGUCCCUUCAACUCUGAAUUACAAAGAGAUGAGUCAGAGUGCUGUAACAAUCGGAGUGCCAGAAAGAGAAGAAAAAGGUCUAUUUGGUUUCUUUAAAAUUGGAAAAAAGAAAACAAAGGGAUCUUCAACAGCUCCGUGCACACCGACGGUCAGUACGCGAUCCACGGUUUUGAAUCCAUCCCUUUCUGCCAGCAAUAUAUCGAAGAUGCCUUCUGUGACAGAUGUAAAGAAACGCAGAGCGCCACCUCCACCACCAGCUCCUCCACAACAAGACACCAUGAUGAGCGUGGCUCAGAGGGCACAAGAGACUGGUGCUGAAUCUCUAAAUUCUGCACAGAAAAAGCGUCGUGCUCCAGCUCCACCAGAUCUCCCAGUACAGAAAACAUUAGAUAGAACAGAAUUUGAUAAGAGCAGUAGCCUUGGUGUUACUGGACGUCAAGUGCCACUUAAGCCUCCAAGAGGCACACAGUCAGUGUUGGGCAAUCAACGUAGCCCUCCCCAGUUAACCAUCCCCCCUCCCCCACCAUACCCACCUUCUCCGACCAUUGAGAUUACCGACCUGCCAGGAAUGUCGCCAAAGUACAAUCUCAGCAGCGAGGUGCCUGAUGAACUGGGUAAAUCAAUGCUUGAAUUGGAGAUGGGAUCAGAACAAGACAGUGGAGUUGCUGAUGAUAUCAUGGAAAUAGAAUCUGGCGACAGAGAAGAAACUGCAUCAGUAAAAAGUAGUAACAGUUUUUAUCAGAAUUGCUCACAGCACUCAACAGCGUCAGAGGACGACCUGUUAAAUGUUGAUUCUGGGACUCCAAGCUCACCAUCUAUAGCUUCCCCAGCUUCUCUCACUGGCAGCCUCAAAUGGAGCCAUGAAACUGAUGUAUAUCAACCCCCGAGUUCCUUGGAUCAGAUAAACAGGACAGAGGAAUGUUCAGCAUGGAGCAUCGAUCUACCUUCUGCUGCCUAUGAAGAACUAAGCUGUGCUGGGAAGCACCACACCAGGCUUCAAAAUGAUUCAAGUGCUGGAUCUAAUAGCAAGAAGGAGGAUGAGAUCUUCAUUGCCGCCCAGAUGCAUCAGACAGUGUCGGGAUUGAAUGCCGAGUUGGAUGAUAUACAGGAGGAGUCAGCCUUGAGAACAUCUUUCUUAUUGCCUGAAGAAACCAAUAAAAAUGUGGUGGCUGAUGUACAAGAUUCUGUCCCAGUGACCAACAUCAGUGAGGCACCCAGCAGUUCCCAUAAAGAAAAUGAGAGGAUUUUACUGGAAAAUGUAACCAUGGCUACCGAAGUAAAAAGAUCAUUAGAUAGUGAACAUGGAACUGUACAAACAAAAUCAAUGCUUGGAGCUUUACCAACUAGGAUUCAGGUGCAGCCACUAUCUGAGGUUUCAUCAGAUCUGUCUUAUUUAAGUGCUGUCAGGUGCACAGACACCCAUAAAAUGCCAAUAAAAACGUCAAGAGAAAACCUGCUGGGAAAGAUCAGCAAUGUUCAAAAUAAGCCAAGUGAGAACAAAAUAAAAAUGCCCUUGCCUGACACCGAUCUGAAGUCUAAAUUGCAGUUUAGAGAGAAUAAUGGGAACAAAGUCCAUGAUACUGUACCUGCAGAGGUUGACCCAUUAACAGUGCAAGCUAAACACGGUGUUCAAUCACUGAGGAAUAGCCAAGCAGAUCGUCAAGAGCAAGUUGAGAAGCCUUCAGCAGCAAUGAUUGCAACAGAAUGCAAAGUCGCUUCAAAUAAAUGGCAAAGAGCUGCCAACAAAAUUGCAAAUCAGUGUGUUCCAAAGGUGGGAAUGAGAACAUUCAAAGUGAUUCCAUCAAAACCAAUUCUAACGCGUCAACAAAGAGAAGGCAAGUCGUUAUCUACAGGUGCUAUUAAGAUAGAUGAUCAAGGCAACUUAGUCUAUGUAAACGACAGUGAAAGCCAACAUGUAGAAACUGCAUCAGUCAGAUCAACCACUGACUCUGAGGAGUCACUGUUGGGGAGAGCAAAGGCAUUCUGGAAUGUGAAAGGUACUGAUAAAGAUAAUCUGCAGACUGCAAACCCAACUACAGCAAUAAACACAACAGGCUCUGUGGCUUGCAACUUACAAAUACAAGAACCAGCAAAGCAACUAACAAAGGUAUCUUCCAAUUCUGGAUUAGUUUCUACACAGCCAACAAUUGUAGAUAGAAAGUCACUUAAAAUCAAUUCACAGUCCACUGAGACAAAACCACCUACGUCAGUUUUACCGGUGAACGUGGCAAAGGCGAGCACACCAGCAAACACAGACUCCAGAGCAGAAAGUAACUUUCUCAAACCUUAUAGAAGAACUUCAAGCCAGUAUGUUGCUUCUGCAAUUUGUAGAUACACAGGCAUGCAAUCCAUUAAAGCUGGGCCUAAUACUCAAUGUGAUCCUGUAUUUGAAAUCAGAGCAGAAGAUAACCAGAAUGUCAGAGAUGGUGUACAGAAGUCUUUCCUGGUGCCUUCACAUUUGGAUUCUAUAGGAAGUCAAGUAAACUCUGGGUCUGCCCUUCCCUCCAAUUGGAGCACUGUAAAUCUCAGAAAAGUGAACAAUCAGAAAAGUGUUUUGCUACCAGAAGCUAAAGCUGUCCCAGAUGAUAAUCUGUCAGUUAAAACUCUGUCAAAUCAAAAGAGACCUCUCAGUUUCCCGAAUUUUACCACCCACUCACAACUAUCUAAGACAAUAAUAAAGGAAACUGUUUCCAUUGAAGAGCAAUAUCUCCCUCCAAAAAAUCACAUGUCACAAAGUAUGCUGCAUUCAUCUGAUGAGAAAAGGAAGAGCUCCACUGCCCCAACGUCUCAGACGGUGAAAACACUAGUGAGUGCUCCAGCAGCUCCAACUUCAGGUUCACUUUCACGAAAUGUACACUCAGUUACAUUUCGCUCUGUGGUUGCAAGACAGAGUGCUUAUGUCUCAUGUCAUCCAUCUGCCUCGCAUCUGCCAGCAGUAUCUCCUACAACCUCAUCUGUUAUCGAAACUCCAUUUUUAGAGAAAUCGGACCCUCCCCCUGACACAAAACAGCUUGAGUUUAUAUCUAAUAGUAACAUGUUUGGUCCUGUCAAAAAAUUCAAGUCUGUUAUUCAAAAGCCAGUUCAGAAGGACGAGUCAAUACACAGUUCUCUAAUGGAAGCCAUCCAGUCAGGAAAACAACAAGAAAAUCUUAGAAAGGUUUCUGAUACACUGAUAAAUGCUAACCUGAAAAAGCCUUCGUUCAUUGAGACAGAGAAUGGACAUUCGGCACUCCUGGCAUCAAUUCGAGCCCACACUGGAGUUUUAAAACUGAAUAAGACGUCUGGUGUAACAUCCGAAGAGCUGGUCAAGACAAGAGCUGCAGAGUCUUCAACGCUGCCCAGAGAGUUUUCUGAGACUCACAAACCAGAAAACUCGCCUUCAACUCUUCUACCACCACCACCACCUCCUCCUCAGGCGAUUCCAAAAACUCAAAAGGUUACUACAAAACCUAAUGCCAAUCCAGAGCAGGCGAGAUCUGCCUUACUGGAUGCUAUUCGUUCGGGCACUGGUGCAGCACGCUUAAGAAAGGUGCCUGUGCCUUCAAAAACAGUGCAAGUCAAUGGAAGUGUGGGCUCUAUACAAGCAUUAUCCUGAACUGCAGGACCCUAUGUUUCAAUCAGAACAUGAUUAAAGGACCAAAUGAAGAAAUUAUACAUUCACCGUGAAUAAUAUUUUUCAGUUAUUGCACAUUUCAGCAUAAGAACUGUGCAGGCAAUUCUAAUUAUUUGUCAUAGACAGUGGUAGUUUCAUUAAUCAAUAAAAAUGUAAGUAUCUGGGUUGCAAAGCAAAUUUGCAGAAUAGAUUUUGAUAUUGUAACUCAUUAGUAAGAUUAAAAUCAUUUUCAAUACCUUGUUAAUAAUUGCAACCUUUAUUGACAAGUCCUUAUAAAUAGCAGGGACAGUUAUAUGACUCAUACUUAAUGUUCUGCGGUUGUUGUGCUUUCAACAGGUAUCAAGUUUUUUUCUUAAAUAAUUUCAAAGCAAAAGCUCUUGAAUUAAUGUUAAAUAGUACUUAUGAACCAUAGGUUCUGCCAAUAUCUGUUUUCUUUGUGGUUGAAAAUAUAGCCUUGCCAUUGAAUUGAAAUAGUGUUUGGCAUGUAAAAUAGUUCAUCAUUUAAAAAGAAAGCCUUACAUUGCCAGUAUUUGCAAACUAUUUCAUGUAGACAAUCUAUACCAUACAUGGUAAUUUAUUAUUUACAUUUGGUGAUGUGACACUAUCUAAUUAUCUAGAAUAGCCAUAAAAGUUGUUCCUUUGAUAAAAUGAGGAUGAAAACUGAGGUCAUGUGAAUUUUUAUUGAUGAAUAUUUUUCUAUAUAUUAUUUAUGAUUGUUAGAUGAUCAUGAUUAUCUGGUUGUAUCAUUUGAGGAAAUAGAUGUGAUUUAAUAGUUUUUGAAUAAGAGAGAAGUAUUCCUAAAUGUUGUACAAUUGUUGUAUAACUAAAUGAAUCUUGUGCCAUAGGUUAAAAACUGACAUGAAGUUUUACAUACCUCACUCUUAAAUCAAAAA